AUGAAGCGUCUUCGAACUCCUGCUUGUUUGACCAUUGCUGGAUCUGAUUGCAGUGGUAGUGCUGGCAUUCAGGCUGAUCUUAAAGUCAUGCAGAUUCAUGGAGUUUACGGAAUGUCUGUUUUAACAGCAUUAACUUCUCAAAACUCCAGAGGAAUAGAUGGCAUAUACUCUGUUCACCCUGUACUCAUAGAAAGACAAUUGGAUGCUUGCUUAAGUGACAUUAAUUGUGAUACCGUAAAGAUUGGAAUGCUUCCUGAUUUCAAAAGCGUAGUCCGUAUUGCAGAGUGUCUUCAGCGGCAUCGCAUGAAAAAUAUCGUCAUGGAUUCAGUCGUCAUUAGCAGCUCUGGGCAAAUUAUGUGUGAAGGAACUGCCAUAUCAGCUACCAUAAAAUACCUUUUUCCCUAUGUACUUGUAUAUUCCUCAAAUAUCAUGGAGGCUUAUGUUUUGGUUCAGCGCGUCUUAGGACAUUGUCCUUUCUCUCUCCGUACUUUAGAGGACAUUAAAAAUCUUUUAAGAAUUAUACACAAAGCGGGACCUAGGUUUAUCGUGUUAAACGGACAUCACGUUGCAUACAACGACAACUUUGAAAUCAUUAGCUCACCGACAACCGACUCCUUUACUGUAGACCUUAUAUUUGACGGAGACAACUUUUAUGUUUUUCAAAAGCCAUACGAUUUACGGUACUCUAAAACUGUUCACGGAACCAGUUGCUCAAUGACUGCAGCAAUUGCUUCCAAUAUAGCGCUGGGAAAACGUCCUUUAGAGGCAAUUCAAGAGGCUAGGCAGUCUAUUGAACGUGCAUCGUUGAGUAUACAAGAGGAAUUCUCGUCCAUCAGCCGCAGCGCUCAAUUAUUUCGUAGAAUCAAGCCCUCCUCUUCUAACCAUACCGUAACCCUUUGUCUUCAAUCUUCCGCUACCGCCGACAAUGCAAGACCACCUGCUUUCCUCUCAAAAACAAGAACGUAA